AUGCAGCAUCGACCUCCAGCAGUACAAGCUCUUGCGCCUAAAUGGGAGCUACGUUACUUUGAAGUUCAUGAGCCUAAAGGGCGGAUUCGGAAAAAUGAAAGGUACUUCAAUUUGUAUAGGACUCCUGAUAACUUGAAGGUGGAAGCAACUGCUCUCUAUUUGAAUGGAUUGGCAGACAUCUACUUCAUUGGGGCUCUGAAUGAAGAGAUUAGGUUUGGUAUGAAGCUAUUCAAACCUAUAACUCUACGAUUUGCGGUAGAACAAGCUAGGCUACAAGAGAAGGCCAUCGAAGCUGCUCUCAAGCGUACAAAAAUGGUAACCAAACUCUCUCUGAUCACUGGCAACUCUAGUAUUGCCAAGGCACCUAUUGCAACUGUAGUUAAACCAAAUUCAUUCUGGCUUAGUCCUGAGAGUUAUGAGUAUAGGAAGAGCAACCAUUUGUGUUACAAAUGUGGUAAGAAGUAUACCCAAGGCCAUCAAUGCAAGAAGAAGCAAUUGAACAAUAUGAUAGGGACAACAGAAGUUCCUACUGAAAUUGGUGAUAACAAAGGGGUUAAUACCAUACUGGUGCGUGGUACUAUAGGUAACAGGAAACUACCAGUGUUAAUUGACUCUGGGAGUACUCACAGUUUCAUUGAUGCCACCACAAUUAAGGAGUCAGGGUACCAAGCCCAACCCUGCCCACCAGUGAGAGUGACAGUAGCUGAUGGGAACUAUGUUAUGUGCACUUCGAUUUGCAUGAGCUACCAGUGGAAAAUGCAAGGUAGACCCUUCCAAGAGAACUUACUGAUUAUCCCAAUUGGGGGUUGUGACAUGGUUAUGGGAAAUAAUUGGAUGAAGAAGCAUAAUCCAACCAAAUUCGACCAUGAGAAGAUGUGUGUUACUAUUGGUAAGAAGGGCAACAAGUUGGUAUUGCAGGGCAUCACUGAGGAAGGGAAGCUGACUAUGAUCACCAGUGGAACCAUGGGGAAAAUUGUUGUUAAGGUAGAAGAGCAAGACCCAAUUGGGGAGGCCAUUGAGGAGGUACUGCAACAAUACUCAGAUGUAUUUGCUAAGCUAAAGACCUUGCCUCCUGUCAGAACCUUAGAUCACACCAUACCCUUAAAACCUAGGGCUAUGCCAGUCAGUUUGAGGCUCUAUAGAUACAACUACUCUCAGAAGGAAGAAUUAGAAAGACAGGGGUUGAAUGACAUUACAAUAAAGGAUAAAUAUCCAAUACCCAUUGUGGAUGAUCUAUUAGAUGAGCUAAGUGGGUCUGUGAUGUUUUCCAAAGUAGAUUUGAGGGCUGGUUAUCACCAUAUUAGAAUGAAGGUGGAAGAUGUGUACAAGACUGCAUUCAGAACUCAUAUGGGCCACUAUGAGUUUAAGAACUUAUCGGAGAAGGAACAUGUAACUCAUUUGAGUGCAGUAUUUGACACCUUAAGGAAACACUCCUUAUUUGCUAAAAGGUCUAAGUGUUCCUUUGGUCAGUCCAAAGUUGAAUAUUUGGGGCAUAUCAUAACUGUAGAAGGAGUAUCAACUGAUCCUUCCAAAAUCAAGGCCAUGAUCGAAUGGCCUAAACCCAACUGUGUGAGAGCUUUGAGGGGAUUCUUGGGAUUGACUAGGUACUAUAGGAAGUAUGUUGCCAAUUAUGGCACCAUUUGCAGACCUUUGACUGACUUAUUAAGAAAGGAAGCCUUUAAGUGA